UACUCAGGGGCUAGGCUGGAGGAUGGGGGAAUUGUCUAUCUCCUCUGAUUUCAGCCAAGGUAAAUAAUCUGAUAACAGAAUGCCCUUUAAACCUGGGACUCUGGAGGUUGUGAAGGGAACAGUGAUCAGCAAGUUUAAAUUGUUCCAUAAGCUCGUUGCCUGAUUUCACUGUAAAAUGAUAAAUUACAGAUGGCAAAGUGUAAGAAUCCUGCCAGUCUAGUGCUAAGGUCUUUGCAGAACUAAUAUGAAUGAAAAUAGUUUUUCUAGUGAAUUAACUUGCGACAAAAUACCAUAGACAUUAAGGCAUUUGUUGAAUACCUUUAAAAAUUCAGUUAAUUAUUUACAAAAGUAAUACUUAGGGAGUUUUCAGAGGUGGUGGAAACUGUACAUGGAGAGAGUAAUGAAGAUGAGAUUUAAAAGCUAUUUUAUCUUCUUAGUUAUGGUGUGUUCAGGCAAACUCUUUGCAGAAGAUACAUCUUGUGAUUUGCCACAGAUAGAAAAUGGAAAUCUUGCCCAGUACUAUUACAGUUUCAAAAGUUACUAUUUCCCUAUGCAAAAAGGAAAAAAGCUCUCCUAUUCUUGUGUGGUUGGUCACACAACUGAAAGUGGGACUCAAGAGGGAAGAAUAACUUGUACAGCCAAAGGAUGGUCUCCAUUGCCACGAUGCUACAGAAAAUGCACCAAGCCUCAUUUGGAAAAUGGCUCUUUUUACAGUACAGAAAUGGACUUUAAAAUCCAUGAGAAAUUGCAAUACAAAUGUAACCCAGGCUACCACACCCCAAGUGGUGCUACUGAAGAUACAGUGCAGUGUCAGCCACAAGGAUGGUCCUUCCAGCCGAGCUGUACUAAAAAACUUGAGUCGUGCCGGGUGCCCAGGUUACAGCACGGCAGCUACUCCGGGGCGGAGCAGGAGGUGCGGCUGAACGGGACGCUGCGGUACCGCUGCGAGCACGGCUUCCGAAGCGCCGAGGGGAGCGCCGCCGCCACCGCGCUGUGCCUCGCACACGGCUGGCACCGCGUCCCCAGCUGCACCAGGAUAACUUGUCCCACUUUGAGUGAAGUGGCUCAUGGAGGUUUCUAUCCUGUGGAGAAGAUCUAUGAAGAAGGAGAUGUAGUUCACUUUUUCUGUGACAAACAUUAUUCUCUCACUGGAUUUGACUUAAUUCAAUGCUAUAAUUUUGGGUGGUAUCCAGACCCUCCAGUGUGUGAAGAUGUAAAACAUAAAUGUCCUCCACCACCACUCCCUCAUGGCCAUAUCAGCACAGCCAGAAGAACAUAUCAUAAUGGAGACAAAGUUCAUGUACAGUGUACCUUGGGAAGGAGAGGCUCUGAGGAAAUCCAGUGUGAAGGAGGAAAAUGGACAUCACCCUCUGUCUGUAUUGGAACUGUGGAUAAACAGGAAUCUGGGGCAUCACCACCACUCGAGGCAGAUGCAGAAAUAAGGGCAAGCCAAACACAUCACAAUGAAGAUAUGAAAAUGCAGCAAGACUGUGCCUCUCCACCUGUGAUUAAAAAUGGGGGUGUCCUGGGCCCAUUAUUGGCAAGUUACAAAAACGGUUCCUGGGUAGAAUAUGUUUGUCAGCAUUACCACUUUUUGGAUGGGCCCAGUACUGUUUAUUGUGACCAUGGAAACUGGACAGAGCAACCAACAUGCUUAGAACCAUGUAUUCUUAAUGUAACUGAUAUGGACAGCAACAACUUAACAUUGAAAUGGAGACGGGAAGAAUUAAUUUUCCUACAUGGAGAUCUCAUCGAGUUUGAAUGUAAACAGGGAUAUGGUUUUCUCCAGACUGCCAUUCCAUCUCCUGGGAGGACACAGUGUGACCAUGGCAGACUGAAAUAUCCAAAAUGUGUUAUUCAAGCUGCUGCAGAAAAAUGUGGCUCUCCACCCUCUAUUGCAAAUGGAGCUCUUACUCUCCCAGCACUGCCCCAGUAUGACAGUGGCUCUUCAGUUCAGUAUAUUUGCUCUGAUUAUCACUUUUUGCAAGGCUCUGAGAGAAUCUACUGCUCCGAAGGACAAUGGACUUCGCCACCAGUUUGUAUAGAGCCGUGCACUUUAUCAAAAACUGAAAUGGAGAAAAAUAAUGUGCUGCUGCAAGCAUUCUAUGCAGACCAAGUUUACUUUUACCACGGGGAUUAUGUUGGAUUUUACUGCAAACAGAACCAUUUUGGAGCAGAAUCUGGCACAACUUUAUUUCAAGUACAGUGUAAUAACGGACAGCUGGCAUAUCCAAGGUGUGUUGAAAGAGGAAAGCAAGUAUGGACUUGAGGAAAACCUGUAGGAAAGGUAAAGAGCCUUGGAAGGACUGAGCUUGAGGAACAACAGAAAACAGCAAGUAUAAAAAAAGUUUUUAAGGGAUCUGUAAAACUACUUAAAAAGUAUACAAAUUUACUGAGAAGUUAAUAAUUAUUUUAAGAAUAUUAAAAUCCAAGUACUUAGUAUGAUUUCCUAUGACACUUAAAUACUGAAUUCUUAAGGUUCUGCCUGAGAACAAGUGUGUCUACAUCUCUGAAGAAAAUCCAGGAAUAUGGACAAUGUUUGCUUUGCAUCCAUUUUAGUCUGUUUUAAUAAAAAAGCCACUCUAA